AUUUAAAUUGUCAGUUUGUAACAUAAAUGUUAAAAAAAUAUGUGAAUUUGCGUAUAUUUUCAAAUAAAAAUAUAAGCCCAAGCAGUGAUAGAUUGUUAUCAUGGGAUAAAAAAAAGGAACCAUCGAAAGAGGACCAGUAUAAAAGUAAAUAUUUAGAACAGCAACAAACGAAAAGUGAAGAUUCAUAUUUUUACGAGGAGGAUUUAGAGAAAAUGAAGUCCAUAAGAAAAGAUAAGCAAUCUAAGCGAUAUGAACAUAGAGAGAAAUUACGUGAAACAAUCAGGAGAGAAAUACAAGAAAAAUUUCAAAAAUAAAAAACAACAAAAGCUUUUAGUGUUAUGUAGGUAUAAAUAAUAAACAAAACUAACCC